CUGAGGAGCAAGGCUCCACUUCUUCUCUGCACUUCUCCAAUAGAGAGUAGUUACACUCUACAACUUCAUUUUCACAUACUCUAUCAGGUUUUUCUUCAUGACGAGAAGAAAAAGGACAAGAAAGACAGAGAAACCGGUCAGAGUGAUUGAGCUGCGGCCUUGGUCUGACCUUCCUGUGGAACUCCUGGAGCUCAUUGUGACCCGUCUAAGCCACAAAGAUAAUGUCAACAUGUCCUGUGUUUGUAAGAAAUGGCAAUAUGUUGCCCUUAAACUCCGUGUGGUAAACCAAUCUCCAUGGCUCUUGUUCCCCCCAGCUCCACCUUGCCUAAUUAAGUUCUUUGACCCUGCACUGGGAAAGUUCUAUUUUGAUGAGAUCCCAAAGCUAAGGCUCGCAGAUUUCUACUGCAGCAAGGAUGGAUGGGUGCUGUUUUGCAGUUUUGACAUGUUCUUAUUCAAUCCCUUCACCAAGUCAAAAAUGGAUCUUCCCGAUUACAGAUUUUUUGAAUGUAAGGCAGUGAAAGUCGCUUUAUCUUGUGUGCCCACAUCCCCUGACUGUGUAGUUUUCGCAAUUGAAGUUUCAGGGUAUUACGUAAAUGAUGAAGGGGAUUCCAGUCAAGGGGUUUCUAUUCGCAUUUGUCAUCCGGGGGAUGCACAGUGGACAACUUUUCAGUACCAAAUUACUGAUGGCGAACCUUUUUGUUGUGGGGAUUGUCCAGUUUUCUGUAAUGGAUUAUUCUAUUGUUUGAAUGAAACUUCUGAUAUUUCGGUAGGGGUAUUUGAUCCACAGAAACAUACUUUGAGUGUCCUUUCAUUGCCUUCCCUUAAUCUUCCUCGUCUGAGCUGUGAUCGGUGGAGACCUAAGUACAUGGCUGAAUUCAAAGGGGAUCUUUUAUUGGUGUGUGUAUCUUAUCCUGAUAAGCCCAUUAUAUUCAAACUCGAGUUGUCCAAGAUGAAAUGGGUUGAAAUGAAGAGCUUAAAUGGUGCAACAGUGUUUGUCAGCACUCAUUCUUCUCUUGUAGUGACUAAUGUCCCAAGAAUAUCAAGUAACAGUGUAUACUUUUCGAAGCCUGUCUGCUAUGGAAAGUCUAGCUACUUAUAUUGUCUUGAUGAUUGUAGGUACCAUCCAACUAGGCAGUGGUGCGAAGGGCAAUUCUUUCAAAAGUCUGUUUGGAUCAGGCCACCUAAGAUGACUCAUCUUUUGUUUGACGAGCUCUACUAAAUGUCAUGUAUGUCCUUGUGAGGGAUUUCUAAAUUUUCUUUUUAAAAAGGAAACAAUUUCUGUAAGUUGCUUCA